AUGGAACUAUCACACAUUUUCUGGUCCGUAAUUCUAGUCAUAUUUUCAAUUUUGUGUCUUUUCCUGUUCCCUAAUGUUAAUAGAAACAAGUACUCUUCCAGCAGCUACACUGCUGAUGAAGAAGAGCUUAGGCUUCCUCCAGGGAGAACUGGAUUUCCUUUAAUUGGUGAAACUUUGGAUUAUUACUUGAAUACUCGAAAAGGGUUUCCAUUUAAAUUCGUGAGGGAUCGAAUGGAGCAAUUUUCGACCAAGAUUUUCAGGACAUCGUUGCUGGGACACCAAAUGGUGAUACUUGGAACCGCUGAAGGAAACAAGUUUUUGUUUUCUAAUGAGAACAGUUUGUUUCAAGUAUGGUGGCCUAGCACAGCGGAUAAGAUCUUCCCAAAGUCCGAUAAUCAGCCUGCGCAGGUGCACGCGAAAAGGCUACGCGGUAUCAUCUCGCCAUUGAUUCAAAAAGUCGAUGGGCUUCGCGAAUGCGUUGGGAUCAUGGAUAUGGUAAUGAAAAAGCAUCUGGAAACGUAUUGGAAAGGCAAAGAUGUGGUGAAAGCAAGGGAAUUGGCAAAGAAAUACACAUUGGCUCUGGGAUGCAAUGUUUUCUUAGGCAUCAAUGACCAGAACGAAAUCGAUGAAAUCGUGACAGGAAUGGAUGAUAUUGAAGCAGCAUUUUUUGCAGCGCCAAUCAACCUGCCAGGCACAACUCUUAAUUGUGGAAUCAAAGCUUCUAAAGUUAUGCGUUCAAAAAUUGAGACAAUGAUUAGGCACAGAAGAAACCUUCUUGGGUCAGAGAAGAAGAGCAUUCCAACAGAAAUAUUAGUGAAGGACUUCAUCGCACGUAUGCUUUCAUCGGUAGAUGAUAAUGGUCAAGUCCUCAAGGACGAAGACAUUGCCAGCCAUUUGGUUGGUUUGAUCGAAGUUGGCUACACGUAUCUCCACUCCACACUUACAAUGCUCAUCAAGAUCCUUGCUGAGCAUCCUUGUGUGUAUGAUUCCGUCCUCAAAGAACAAAAGGAAAUAGCAAGUUCAAACCAUCCAAGAGAGAAACUGAGUUGGGAGGACUUCAGAAAGAUGAAGUAUUCAUGGAAUGUGGUAUGCGAAGUAUUUAGACAAUGUUCACCCGCGGUUGGCGGUUUUAGGGAAGCUCUCACUGAUAUCAAAUACGAGGGAUACACAAUUCCAAAAGGCUGGAAGGUUCAUUGGCUUCUACAUUCCACACACAAUAAUCCAAAAUACUUUCAGAAUCCUGAAAAGUUUGAUCCGUCAAGGUUUGAGGGAGAUGGUCCGAUUCCGUACACUUUCAUUCCUUUUGGAGGAGGAUCACGAAUGUGCCCUGGAAAUGAGUAUGCGAGGCUUGCGAUACUCACUUUUCUACAUUAUGUGUUGAAUGAGUUCAAAUGGGAACAAAUCAUCCCAAAUGAGAAAAUUUCAUAUUUUCCGAUUCAAACUCCAGCUCAAGGCCUUCCUAUUCGUCUUUAUCGCCAUGAAGAUUGA